UAACCCAUUUCCUCAUUUCUCCUUUUUCAUUUUGUCUCUCCUGCCAAAUUCAUACUUUUUCAAAGACAACGGUUUAACCUCAACUUUUUCGAACAUUUCAAAUUUCAAAAACCCAGAAAAUCUCAAAUCUCCAUUUUCUCUCUCCUCGAUCCCGCCUUCAACUUCAUCAAUGGGGGCAGCCAACAGUCGCGAAGGUUUAGAGCUUUCAGAUUCCGACGAAUACGAUGAGCGUGAUUCCGAAGGUGAAGAAGAUGAAGAUUACGACACUUCUGAAGAACACCAAGAUGAAGGAAACCUUAGUCAUGGCGGUAAAACUGGUACUACUCCUUCUUCGUCUUCUUUAGAUGAUGUUGAAGCUAGAUUAAAGGCUUUGAAGCUUAAAUACUCAACUCCUGUUUCUGGGUCUUCUUCGAGGAAGAACGCUGUUAAGCUUUAUCGGCAUGUCGGUGGUGGGACGGCUGAUUCGAAAUGGAAGACUGCUGAUGCUGCGACGUCGUAUUCUUUUGUGAAAACUCGUGGGGAAGAUGAGGAGGAAGAGGAGGAAGAAGAAGAGGGGGAUUUGUAUUGGGAAUUGCGAGUUGGGUCGAAAAUUAGGGCUAGGGUUUCGACGGAUUUGCAAUUGAAGAUGUUUCCGGAUCAAUUGAGGAUUGAUUUUGUGUGGAAUGGUGUCUGGGCGUUGAAAUUCUUUGAGAAGAAUAAUUAUUAUGAUAUGUUUGUGUCUGAAUUUCAGGAUUGUUUGUUUGAGAAUGUUCAUGGGGUUGAACCUACUGAGCAGAAUAAGGUGAAGGUUUAUGGGAAGGAUUUCUUGGGGUGGCUUAAUCCUGAAGCCGCCGACGAUACGAUGUGGGAUGCGGUUGAUGAUGAAGGGCCUGGAAUGAGUACCCCUAAGUCUACUCCGGUGAGGGCGAAGCAGGAUUUGCUUGAGGAAUUCGAGGAGGCGGCGAGUAGCGGGAUUCAGAGCUUGGCAUUGGGUGCUCUUGAUAAUAGUUUUCUUGUUGGGAAAGAGGGUAUUCAGGUUGUUAAGAAUUUUAGGCAUGGAAUUCAUGGGAAGGGGGUUAAUGUUAAGUUUGAUAGGGGUAAUGGUUCUAGCUCUAAUGUGAAUUCUUCGAGUUAUACGACCCCAAAGAAGGCGAUUUUGAUGAGGGGGGAGACUAAUAUGAUGCUAAUGAGUCCUGUGUUGGAGAACAAACCUCAUGCUGGAGGGCUGCAUCAAUUGGAUAUUGAGACUGGAAAGAUUGUGACUGAAUGGAAGUUUGCUAAGGAUGGUGCUGAUAUUUCGAUGAGGGAUAUCACUACUGAUAACAAAGGGGCUCAGCUUGAUCCCUCAGGGUCUACAUUCUUGGGUUUGGAUGAUAAUAGGUUGUGUCAAUGGGAUAUGCGUGACCGCCGUGGUAAUGUGCAAGACAUUGCCUCUGCUAACUCUCCUGUGUUGCAUUGGAAUCAAGGACAUCAGUUCGCUAGGGGCACCAACUUUCAGUGCUUUGCUUCGACAGGGGACGGUUCAAUUGUUGUUGGUUCGAUUGAUGGGAAGAUUAGACUGUAUUCCAAGACCUCCAUGAGACAGGCUAAGACUGCAUUCCCUGGCCUUGGUUCGCCAAUUACCAAUGUGGAUGUUACCUAUGAUGGCAAGUGGGUGUUGGGUACCACUGAUACAUACUUGAUUCUCAUUUGCACCUUGUUUUCUGACAAAGAUGGAAGGACUAAGACGGGGUUCAGUGGUCGUAUGGGUAAUAGAGUUUCUGCCCCUAGGCUGCUUAAGUUAACUCCGGUUGAUGCUCAUAUGGCUGGGGCAAACAACAAAUUCCAUGGCGGUCAAUUUUCAUGGGUCACUGAGGAAGGUAAACAAGAACGUCACAUAGUUGUUACAGCUGGAAAAUUCAGUGUCAUUUGGAACUUUGAGCAAGUGAAGAACAGCGCGCACGAAUGCUAUCGGAAUCAGCAGGGCUUGAAGAGCUGCUACUGCUAUAAGAUUGUUUUGAAAGACGAGUCUAUAGUCGACAGUCGCUUCAUGCAUGAGAAGUUUGCUGUUAGCGACUCUCCUGAAGCUCCUCUUGUGGUGGCAACCCCUAUGAAAGUGUCCUCAUUCAGCAUAUCAACCAAGCAAUGACAGUAUAGUACUGCCAUUGUAUGCCAGUUAUCUAAUGAUUGUGAACAGCACGCCUGCUGCAUCAGUAGAACUUUUUUUUCCUUUCUAUUUGUUUAUGUUUGUAAGUAGGGCUGCAGCACGUGUUCUCAAGUGCAUUUCUAAAUUGUGUGCUCGAGAGGAUUCUAUAGAUUGUAUUGCUUUAACUAGAAACGUUUUACUUAACUAGUGUUGAUUACUUGAUUAGGAUAUGGAAGACAGCUCUGAAAUCUGAAUGACAAAUGCAGUCAUUGAAAAUUUCUGAAGUCGUUUGGAAUUGAGUGAUGCUGUCCUGAACUGUGGUUUGGUAUUUUGUUAAAAACAAUUUCAUAUAAUGUUGAAUGAAAUUGAACAAGCUAUCUGUUUUCUUUCU